AUGGGAAAAAAUAUUCUGCUUAAGUCACCCAAUUCAUGGCAAAAUGAUUGGAAGAUGCAAUCUCGUCAUGAUGAGUAUGAUCAUCGUUUGACGGAAACAACGUUACCAAACGUGCGUGAUACACGCGCUCGUGGCAAUGAACAAUUUGCUCUUCGAUUCAAUAAGGAACUCAAUAAACGAAUUGAUUUCGCUCUUGCUGAUAUUGAAACAGUGCUAUCAACAACAAUGUUAAAUUAUAAAAUGGAUCCACGUGUGAUAGCCGCUUGCGAUUCUGAAGUCUGUCCGGCUAUUCUCGAUAGGCAUGGCGAUAUGACAUGGCUUAAAAAUGCUGAAUUAUACAUCAGUUCUAUUUUAAUGAAAGAUAAUCCAACUAAUGAGGAAAAAAAAGAUUUAAAAGUUUUGUAUUACGCCAAGCAACGUUACGAGCAAACAUUAACAAAAUAUGACAGCUCUCCAUUAACACAACCAACUGAUAAUCCACAAUCUAAUAACGAGAAAUCAUUAUCAUUUGGUAUCCUACAAAGUGGACAUGCAACAACGACACAUUUGUAUAUUAACGAUAGUUGGAGACGGAUAAUUGAUUCUAAUCGUAUUCCAUCAAAUGCUUUGCAAAUUUUGAAGUUAUUGGUAUUCUAA